AUGUUUGCCGACGAUACCCAAAUUGAAACGGCAGGUUAUGAUGUUAAUACAGUUGCUGAGGAACUUAAUCAAGAUCUAGAAAACGUUUCAGUUUGGUUGUCGGCAAAUAAACUAACUUUAAACAAAACGAAGACAGAAUACAUGAUAAUAGGUAGUAAUAGUAGAGUCAAUCAUAUUAACAUAACGCCUAAUAUAUUCAUAAAAGACAGAGAAAUUAAUAGAGUCAAAACGACCAAAUCACUCGGCUUAAUGAUUGACGAAACACUCUCAUGGAAUGCUCAAGUUGAUCAAAUUACAAAAAAGGUUAAUUCAGGUCUCAGUAUCCUUAAAAGAUUGAGAGACAUUCUAGAUUACCAAACACUGAUCAAAAUUUAUUUAUCAAUAAUUCAACCACAUUUCGACUAUUGCUCACAGAUUUGGGGUUGUCUGGGUAAAGUACUAUCUGAUAAACUUCAGAAGCUUCAAAAUAGAGCAUUUCAAAUAAUAACUCGUGAAAACUAUGAUACACGUACAAUCGAUGUUUUGAACAAGGUCGGUUUUCCAAAUCUCGUGACUAGAAGAAAACAUCAUUUAGCCGUCCUAAUGUUCAAAGCCAAACAUAACAUGUUACCAAAUUGCUUAACGGAACUUUUCAUCACCUCAAAUGAAAUACAUAAUGACAAUACAAGACAGAGCGAAUUCAAUUUUGCAUUACCUAAACCUAAAACUAAUUUUAUGAAAAAGUCUUUCGCCUAUCGAGGAGCUGAGACUUGGAAUAAUCUGUCUGCUGACAUAAAAGCUAAAACAAGUAUCUCUACAUUUAAAAAUAGUCUAACUGUAAGUGUGUAAUUUGUGAUUUAGUUAUUAUUAUUAGAUACUGUAGUAUAUGUGUAAUUAGUAUAGCUAUAUACGGCCUAUUGGAAGAUCACCCGUCUUAAUUUUUGUAAAUAUCUUGGUGAAAUAGUACCGUUUUUAAUAAAGUCAAUAAAGUCAAUAAAACUUUAUUUUGUAUUGCGUUCCCAAGAUUCGUCUCAGGAUUUCAGUUACGAGCUUACUUACAUGCAGUAUGCUUGAUUUUCACGAUACAAACGAUCGACAAUAUUUUGAAUAAUUCAGGUAAGGAUAGUUUAUUUCUUUCCGGUGAUAUACAUGAAGGCAUUUAUAUUUAGAUCUGCUGUUUACUUGUUUGAUGAAAUUAUGUCCGACAGCUAUUAUACAAACCAGAACGCUCUUAUCCCAUUGCCCUUUGCGCAUCUAUAAUGUUACGGCACUACUUCAUGUAAACCUUUUAUAUAAUGACUCGUAUGUGAAAUCAUUUCAUGGCGCCUGGGGACGAAGCUUGUGUUUGCCGAAAUAAUUGUAAUAUCGUUCGCGCUACGCACUCGUGGUAUUAUAAAUAUUUCGCCAAGCACGCGUGCAAUUUUUCAUUAACACUCCUCGAACCGUGUAAUUUUCUAUACAAAUAUGACUUCUUAGUUUUAGUCUUCGACUAAAUAUAUUUUGACAACACAGUAAUGUUAUGCAAGUAUUUGCAAUCUCCUCAGCUACUUGAACGUGCCAAGUAGAAAAUAUAGUUGUGUAAGGUCUAGUACGUUUCGGAAAGGAUACACUUUAACACUGACAAACGUCAAAAGCACAUCGUUUGCUCGAUCGAUCGGUCUAGAAGAUUUUUACACUUAUAGAUUGUGCUUUUAAUCGAAGCGUGCUUUCCUUGCCAAGAACCUUGUGUCAAAUGAAAUCUGAUCCAACUUCUCGUUUGACUAAUUUAACCCACCACUCAAUGAUAUAGAGGAAGUCGUAUCAUAAUAAAUACGAAAUCUUUCAGGAUUUCUUGUUGCAAAUUUAAAUUUUAUUGUACGAAACUAUAAUACACAAGUUGCAAUUUUCCAAGCGCGUCAGUCCCCUGUCACCCUACCCUAAUGCCAUUUUUUAUUUACCAUGCGAAAUCCGCGUGACACGUAUACCCAGCUCCAAACAGGGUCUUUUCUCCACAAGAGGGAAGAGCUUAGAAAAGAGGUUGCGACGUUGCACACGCAGUGGUCAAGUAUAAUAUCUUGGGCGACAGGUGGAUAGAAAUCGUUCGUGUCUGCAUUUUGGCAGAAAUUAAAGAGGCUUAGUUAACGAGCUUUACGCCCAUUAUCUAAUUAUCGCUGUAAAGUAGUUUUCUCCAUUACCGCCUCUAUGUCGUGUUAUUAUGUUAGCUAUCGAGAACAUUUGAAGUGAGGCUAAAUUUUUUGGUGGUCUGCUUCUAAAAUUUGCCAAUAAAAUGAGAAUACAUUGUAUAGCAAAGUGGAAUGUGUGGAAAUGUUAUAAAAUUAAUAUGUUGAAAAAUUAUUGAAUUUAAUUAUUUAAAACUUACUGAAAAUCGUCUGAAUUUGCAUGAAAAAGCCUAAAUUUAAAUUGUACGAAAGCUUGACAUUGCAAUUGCUUCAGUUUUAGUCGUACGCAAUUAAAAAAAUCCUCUUAAAAGGCGUAUACCUGUAAUAUUUCUUUCGGUGACCUAUGCUGAAAUUUUGCACACACCUGCAUUGUAUUGCAAAAUUUUUUCAAUUUACCAAAAAUGAAAAAUUUUGUAAUGCCAAAACAAAAUGAUUGAAUGAAAGAACGGCAUUUUUGCGUUUUUCAAAAACUGCCAUAACAGAAAAUGUUUUAAAUUUUGCUCAAUCUUAGUGUAUGUUAUAGUAAAAAAUAUGCAAGAACAAAAAUUGGGGGUCACCGUACUUUUUUCCAAAUACACAAACAAAUAUGCUAUUUUUCAGUCAAUUUCGUACGCGUGUGUCGCCAUAGCAACGAAUUAUGUGUUACCAAAAUUGACAUACAUUGAAAGACGAAAGUAGAUGAAUAUCCUGAUAUCUGCUGCAUAAAAGUUAAAAAUAAGACGUUUAACACCGCCAAACUGUUAUAGGCUAUACAUGAAAUUUUUCAAAACUGAACCGAGGUACCUUAUUAGAAAGUCCUCUUUAUAAACCCGUGCAUUAUUAGCAUGUGAAUUGAAUCAACACGACACUUAUUCGCCUACACUUAGAGAAUUGUUAGUGUUUUCGUAUACCUGCUGAACGCUUAGUAUAUGUUUAGUGUUCUGAUACGUUGGAUUCUGUAGAAAGUUCCAAGGGAUUGAAACGAGUUACGCGUUUCAGUAAGCUUUCAUGUUAGUGUUUUCGUAUACCUGCUGAACGCUUAGUAUAUGUUUAGUGUUCUGAUACGUUGGAUUCUGUAGAAAGUUCCAAGGGAUUGAAACGAGUUACGCGUUUCAGUAAGCUUUGAUAAGUUGCUGAAAGAUUUGCUGAAUUCAAUUUAUUUUAAAUCUUCUUGCGUAAAGCCAAAGAAAAUGCCAGAUAAAACGUCUGUUUCGUUCCAGCUGAUCAUCAGCUUUUUUGAAUAGAAGAGUAGUUAAUUGUCAUAUUGGCGAAAUAAUAGUACAGACUUUGAAGGACGUUACGAAUUUCGGUAAGUUUUUCUCAGUUUGGUUUGUAUAAUUAAAUCUCUUCACUAUUCUCGCAUGAUUUUCGAUAACUUUUUUUUAAUUUUUUCGGACUGAUGAGACGAAGCAGGGCAUAUUUGAGCAUAGCAUGAAAACUCGUUAGAAUAACAACAUAAAUCAUUAUCUAUGUUAGUCAACAUUUACUCGUAAAUCUUGUCCUUCACCGCUAUGUGUAUAUUGUACAUUCAUCCAAAUAUCCAAUAGCAAUGGUUUAUGAGGGAAGUUACAUAUCUGUGACUCGAACAAUAGGGGAAAUUGGAAAUUGCUAUUGGUGGAUUUGGCAAAAAUACAAUAUACACGUGAUGGUGAAUGGCCAGAGUUAUAAAUAAACGUUGACCAACAUACUGUAGAUACUGAAUUAUGUUGUUAUUCUGAACAGUUUUACAGCCAUCGUCCCCACUGUAGUCCAGCCAACCACAGUUUUUGCAUCCCUAUCUUGGCACGAAUCAGGAAGGCUGCGGCGAUUCCAAGGGGAUCGCAGAUCCGAGCUACUUGGCUUAAUAUUGCUGUCUUCGUUAAUUUGAUAACCUCCGGUGGACUUACUUUGAACCCCAAAACACCAUCGUUGUGGUUCCAGACAGUUCCCAAUACUUUCUCUUCAACUGGGCCUUCUAGAAGCUUCAUUUCCGAUUUAGCUCGCGCGCAGGCCCAAGGGAAGAAUAGUGGGCCUGCAAGCAAGGCCCGGUAUUUUGUAAAACGCCCCUUUUCAUAACACGCCCCAUUCGCGCGUCAAUUGUCAAAAAUAGGUACGCUAAGCGUACAUGUAUCUGCUCAUGGUGAUUGCACUGUUGCCAAGGGCUUCAAUCAACACUCAGUAGCUUGUAAAAAAAUUUAAGGGACCGAAGUUUAACAGCUGAGCAGUUAAAUAAAGUUAUAUUUAUAGUAUGUCAGAUGAAAGAAAAAUAAAAUGGCUGAUAUAUAUUCAACUUGCAGAAACUAAUUCCGGCCAUAACUUCACAAAGAUGAUAUUCAAUUUUAUGAUGUUCUUGUUGAAUCAUCUUAGUUUUAUAAUUUUCUUGCAGGGAUGGAUCCAGCAUGAUCUGAUAGGGGGGGGGGUGCUCUGCCCGCUCUGGUGCCGAGUUGUGUCGGUCAUGUGUGCCGCCCGCCCAUCAACUUGCUUCACUAUUGCAAAGUCUUGCUUGACUACAGUAUUUGAAUUGUAAUUGUUGUUCACAGUUCGCCUAUCAUCAUAUUAUUACUCAAAUUUCUGUAUCUCAUUUUGUCUCUAAUAAUUUUUGCUUAUCAUGAGAAAUAGGACACCCCUCCUGCACCCCCUCUGGCCAAGGCUAAGGGGGGUGGGGGUGCACACACCCCGCAUCCCCCCAGUAAAUCCAUCCCUGUGUUCUUGUUAAAACAUUUCGGGUUCCAAAUCUUCUUGAUAGUUCAUAUUAAACUUUAGCUGGCAUGCGAGAACGUUGUAGGUGCAUAGAAGUUGUCAGGAUAACAGGUGGUGCCAAUAUACAUUUGCAGAGUUUUGAAAGCCUUUUUAUACCAUAAUUGAUACAUAACAUCAACAUUUCUGCUGUUUAUAGUUGAUCUAUUUCAUUUUAGAAAAUGUCAGUCAGGGUUCAUGUAUGGCACACAAAUGAACUGCUUAUGCCUAGUAAAUAUAUCAAAUAGGUCAUAUAUUGAAAGUCAUUCAUCAGCAACAAAUGAUGACAAGUAUGGAAAUUAGAAGUAUAAUCGAUGCAUAUAGUUCUUGAAUAGAAUGAUAUAAUUCAGCAUACCAGAUAAUGUGUUCUUGGUAACGAGAUUUCAAAUUUUUUGAAAGACACUUGAAGACUUUAAAGAAGAAAAUUCUACAACCAUACAGCAGGACAUAUGAACAGUAACUCCGAAAAUAAUUUUACGAUAUUCAUAUUUCUGUUUAUUUACCAAGUGUUUUCUUACUGCUAAAAGCUUUUCUGCGUUUUGGGGCCUAUUUCAAAAUAGGAAAAGCGGAAAGUUGUGCUAUAAAUUAGUUGAUUAUCAGCUGCAAGCUAAAAUGGUAACGCGAUCGAAAUCGAGAGAAUUCGAGCAAGGAAGAUUGUUCAAAGUGCUGUGGCUGAAACGCUGAAGGCAUGCAUAGAUCAGCAUAUUCAACCUUUACAAGUCGAAGUUUCAGGUUUGAAAGACACCAUUGUUCGAGUUGAGGACGAACUCAUUGAAGCGAAGCAAUUGCUAAAUGAGAAGGUUGUUGUUUUGCAAAAUGUGAUUGUCAAUCUUGAAGAGAAAGUGGCUAGAUUUGCCACUAAAGCUAACGAUAACGAACAGUACUCGCGGCGCUAUAACAUUAGAGUAUCUGGUUUUCCCGAAGAAUCAGAUGAGAACUGUUCUUUGAAGGUUGGCCAACUCUGUCGUGAAACCUUAAUGCUACCAGAUUUUUCUGAAGAACAAAUCGAUAGAAUUAAUCGGGUGGGAAAACCUAGGUCAGAUGGUAAAUCAAGAGCCAUUAUUGUCAGGUUCAAGUCGCACAAAUAUAAACUAAACGUACUGCAAGCAAAGAAUAAAUUAAGGAACACGCCUUUUUCCAUCAAUGAAGAUCUCACAAGACAAAAUCAGCAGCUUUUUUACAUUGCUCGUACUGGGUGUACGAAUGUGUCUUCUGCGUGGACAAUUGACGGUAGAAUUUUUGCGAAACGACGAUCUGACGACAGGAAGUUUAACAUAGUUCGCUAUACAGAUUUUGAGGAGUAUGACUUAAUGUAA